AUGGCGGCCCCGUUUAUCAACUUGGCUACGAAGCCAAGCCCUGCUGCAACUGUGAGCUUCAGCUGUUCGGUCCUGCUCCCUCUAUACAUCUACCCUCUCCCAAAUGCCUGGGAUCGCCUCUAUACAGCGAUUAACACCCACCCCACACUCCAAUUCACAAUCAUCAUCAACCCGAACUCUGGGCCCGGAAAAUCUGCUCUCCCGGACGAAGAUUACAGCCGAGAGAUCACGAGACUGAACCGCUAUCCCAAUGUUUGUCUCGUCGGCUAUAUCUCCGUGAACUGGUGCAAACGCGACAUCGAGAAGGUGUGCAAGGACAUCGACAAGUAUGCGGGCUGGGGCCAGCAUGGGAGUGGCGAGUUGGCGAUGAGGGGUAUCUUUUUCGACGAGAGCCCGAACCAUUACAAGCCGAAGAGGAAGACCUUUAUGGAUGCUGCGGAUGCGAGGGUCAAGAAUGCCGUUGGACUCAUGGGAACUCGAAUGACUAUUCACAACCCGGGCACCGUUCCCGAUCCCGAAUUCGCAUGCCCGGGCCCGGAUAUCACCACCAUCUUCGAGACCGAGUACAAAGAGUUCAAGGAUGUGGAGGUGCAAAAACGCAUCACCAAUCUACUUCGCUACGACAGGGACAGAUGCAGCUACAUGGUCUUAUCGGUGCCCAGAUCGGACGUCGAUGUUUUAGUCCCGGAGCUGAAGAGGAGGGCCAAGUACGUGUUUGUAACCGAGAGCAGGAAAGGCUGGUACGAAAAGUUCUCGGAUGGAUGGGAGAGGUUCAUCGAGGCCAUGGCUCGUGAUUCCUGA